CCGCGUGUCGUCCUGAAAAAGAAGGAAAAGCAGGCACUCAAACACGAGCUGUUUCUGAAACGUCUGGAGUCGUCUCGCUCACCAUACUCGAAAUCCCACGAGCGACGGCUGAAGCGCAAGGCGAAAGAGCAGGUCGCUGGUGGCAUGAGUGACAUGCAAGCCGCCAUCUCCGCAGUAGAUGACGAUGCGUUGGCACAAGAUGCGCAGUCUUCUGAAGACCCGAGUCAUGGUAAUGAAACGCGACCAAAGCCGAAAGCUAAACCUGGACAGAUUGGUGAGGGGAAGGGCGCACCGUUGAGCAAAUCGCAACGAAAGCGCGCGUUACAACUCGAGCGUAUGCGUAUACCCCUCAUCCUGUCGAACCCAGAGUUUGCUUCAAAUCCCUUCCAGACAAUUCGGACGCACGCUCAGAAUACGUUGUUGAAGCAUGAGCCCGCGCAAUAG